AUGGCCCUGAGUCCAGUGGCUAGUUGCAUCCUCCAUGAAGACCCAGAGAUGACACCAAGUCUCAAUUCCUCUGGGGCCCCAGGCUUAGGUUCUGGUGGUAUCCCUGGGCUCAACCCAGACAUGGCUCUUGUUCCUAUCUUGAAUCUACCCCUGAGUCCUGACUCAGAUCUCAUUCCAGACCUUAGUCCAACUCUGAGUCCUGUCUCAGGAGAGGCCACUGGCCUGGUGUCUGACAAGACCCCCAGACCCAGUGAGAGCAGGGAUGUGGCUCCAGCCUCACCCCAGAUCAUCUGUUCCUGCUCUGGCGAAGCCCUGGAUCUGGAUUCAAACCCCAUCCUGAGCCCUAGCUCUGCUGAGGCCCCUGGCUUGAGCUCAGGGAACCAUUCUGGGUCCAAUUCUGAGGAGGCCUUCAAGUGCCACUCAAGCAAGAUUUUUGAUUUGGGUCAGAGUAACUCCAAUCCUUCCAGGUCUGAAUUAAACCCAUUUCUAAGGCCCUGUUCAAGAGAAGCUGUGAUUCCAGGCAGCUGCAUCUCCAGGCAAGGCUCAAAAGCACUCCUUAUUCCAGCCUCAAUCUCUUCUCUGGAUCCUGACUCCAGCCAGCUGUUCAGCAUGGGCUCAAGAAACAAUUCCAAGCUGAACCUGAGUGUAGCUCCAGAUUCUUGUGGGACCCUAAUCCCCGACACCAAUGAGACCAUCACUUUGGCUUCACAUAAUACCUCUGGGUCUGUUUCCAAAGGAGCUUUUGGUGCAACCUGGAGCACAAGUUCUAAGGGAACCACCAAUGUGGCUUCAAACGGCCAUCACAGAUCUGAAUUGAACAUGACUGUCACUCAGGCCUCGUAUGUGGCCCUGAUUCCCAGCUCCAGUGAUGGUGUCAGCCUUCACUCCAGCAUCCACAGACCCAACUCCACCCUCUCUCCAGCCUCGUGCGUGACCCUGACUCUAGGGUCCAAUGAGACUCUGAGCCUGGGCUCCAGCCUUAUGUUCAGUGACACCUCCACCUUAACACUGAGCAGCCAGCAGGAUUGUUCCGAGGGUAACAGCAUCCCCACCAUACCCCUGGAGAAUCUGGAGAGUUGGGACAAGGUGAGCCAGUGCCUGCUGGGGCUCCCCACCUCCAGUACCACCGACGACACUACAGCCUUCCAAAGCACCCCUGAGGGAGCCUUUGAUGAAGUGACCACAUGCCUGGUGAAGGCACCAGAAAAGAGAGAGGAUGGCAACAAAAUGGCUCUGAUUGACAAUGUCAUCACCCUUCAGAAGAGCCAGGAUCUGCUGGAAGCAGAAGGAGAGAAGAAGAGUGUGAUGAAGAAGAUGAUGAGGCAGAUCCAGGAGGAGCCGCUGGACUUCCUUUCAAGCUCAGUCCGCCGGCAGGCCAUGGAGACCCUGACCCAGCUGAGUCACAUCCAGCCCACCCUGGGUGUGCAGGAGAGGUCAGAGCUGGUCAACACAUGCGUGCGGAGCGUGUUCUCCCUGCCCUCUGUACAGGCCAUGCAGGAGAAAGAUGAGGCCAAGGCUGAGGACAUCCAGACACUUUACCAUCAGACCCUGGAUGCCCUGCAGACACUGCUCAAUGCCCUCUUUAUUGAGGACCCCACUCCUGCUGGGCUGAAGAGCAUCUUGGAGCCCCUGGGGCCCUGGAUGAAUUCUGGAAAGGCCCACGAGCGAGCUCGGGCUGUGAACAGCAAUGUCUCUGUGUUGAACCACACACUUCUGACUCUGCCUUUCUUUAUGUCCUCCGGGUUCCCGGCACUGGGGCUUCUGCUGGGGAGGCUCAUCCUUUGCAUUGGAGAUCCUGAUGAGGAGAUUGGCCGGGAGGCUCUGGAUGGCAUCAUCAUCCUCUACACUAUCCUGGAGUUCCAAAAACGAGCCAGAGAUAAGGAAGAGGCUAACAAGAAGGAGCUGUAUGAGAGCAACAAGCGGUUCCUGGGCCCCUACAACCCUGUCAGCCCAUGCCAGAACAUCCUGCGUGUGAUUGCGGAAUUUGGAGACUUCCUGGGGCCCCAGCAGGUAAAGGACCUGCUGCUCACAGUCCUGGAAGGGCUGAAAGGUGGCUCAGAGGCUCGGGGGAAGGACUCUGGGGAGAUGUUGCAGCUGGCCUCGGAGGUCACGCUCAGCUCGGUGCUGGAGUGGUACCGCCACAGGGUGCUGGACGUGAUCCCAGAAAUCAUGCAGGGCAUCUAUGUGCAGCUGAGCCACAUCCAGGAGCCGCGGGCCCGUGAGGUGGCCCUGCUGCCCGUCUCCCUACUGGCCAGCUCCUUCAUGACUGAGGUGGUGGUGGCUCUGCUCAUGUGCCCCCUUCCACUGGACAGCAAUGGAGCAGAGAUGUGGAGGCAGUUGAUACUGCGCAAGCCCAGCUGUGAUGUCCGAGACCUCCUGGAUCUGCUCCUGACCAGCCUGAAGGAGAAGCCUGUCACCAAGAAGGGCCGGGCCUCCAUCGUGCCCCUAGCGGCAGCCAGUGGCCUGUGUGAACUCCUGUCCGUCAACAGCUGCAUGGGCCGCGUGAGGCGCAUCUACCCCCAGCUGCUCCUGGCCCUGCUCAUUCAGGUCCAUUAUCACAUUGGCCUCAACCUGCCUGGCUGUGUGGCUCCUCGCAAGGAUGCCAAGAAAGACAAGCAACCCCCUGUCUUCGUACCUGUGCGCUGGGUGGUGAAGGUGGUGAAAACCUUGCUGCUGAAGAUGGGCUGCUCCUACGAGGCCGCCUUCCUGGAGGACCAGGGUGGCUGGGAGCUCAUGGGGCAGGCAGAGAACCACCACCGUGGAGUGUCCCUGCUGGCAAGGGCCAUGGUGCACUACUCCUGCCAGGAGCUGUGCCGCAUCCUCUACCUGCUCAUCCCACUCCUGGAGCGAGGCGACGAGAAACACAAGAUCACCGCCACCGCCUUCUUUGUGGAGCUCCUGCAGAUGGAGCAGGUGCGGCGGAUCCCUGAGGAGUACUCGCUGGGGCGCAUGGCGGAAGGCCUGGACCACCGCGACCCCAUCAUGAAGGUGCUGUGCAUCCGAGGCCUGGUCAUCCUGGCCCACAGGGCUGAGAAAACUGCCAAGGUGCAGGCCCUCCUGCCCUCCAUGGUGAAGGGCCUGAAGAGCAUGGAUGGGAUGCUGGUGGUGGAGGCGGUCCAUGACCUCAACACCAUCUUCAAGGGGCAGGACCGGAAGCGGACCGACAGCUCAGUCUAUGUAGAGAUGCUGCAGGUCUUGCUGCCACACUUCAGUGAUUCACGAGAGGACGUGCGCUUCUCCUGCAUCAGCCUGUACGGGAAGGUGGUCCAGAAGCUUCGGUCACCAUGCACCAAGGCCAUGGAGGAGCAGCUGAUCAACACCUUGGUGCCCCUACUGUUGAUCAUGCAGGAGGGCAACACCAAGGUGAGCCAGAAAUGUGUGAAGACUCUGUUCCGCUGUUCUUGCCUGAUGGCACGGGAGUUGCCAAAAAGAGCUUACAGCCUGAAGCACUGGGACAACCGGCAGCAGACAGUGGCCAAAAUUUGCAAGUACCUCGUGAAUACCCACCAAGACAGCAUCUUCACAUUUCUCAGCCAGAGCCUGGACUAUGCCAAGAACCCACAGGCCUCCCUCCGGAAGUCUUCAGUCAUGUUCAUAGGGUCCCUGGUCCCCUGCAUGGAGAGCAUAAUGACAGAAGAUCGUCUGAAUGAAGUGAAGGCCGCUCUGGAAACCUUGAGACACGACCCGGAAGCAUCAGUGUGCAUCUAUGCAGCCCAGGCCCAGGACCACAUCCUGGCCAGCUGCUGGCGGAACUCCUGGCCACUGCCGCACGGGGACACAUGGGUGUGCGACCCAGCCACCACACACCACUGGAGCUCCAGUUGUGAGAACCUACCCACUACCCAUCAGCAGCGCUCCUGGAUCAUGCAGGCAUUGAGAUCCUGGAAGAUGUCCUUGAAGCGGUGA